AAUUAUUUCCAGAAAAUGUUGUGAAUGCAAACGCAAGAAAAAGGCAAUGAUGGCGACAACGAAGCACUAUUCGAAAGUGACACAUUGCAUAUUUGACAACGAUGGAACUCUCAUGGAUACGGAACGUUUGUAUACACAGGCAGUGCAAAACUUACUCACACCCUAUGGAAAGAUCUACAGUCCAGAGCUUAAGAUGCGUUGCAUGGGAAUGUCAUCGCAUUUGGCCAGCCAGUUGGUUGUCAAUGAGUUGAAACUGCCGCUAAAACCGGAGGAGUAUCUGGUUAAAUUUGAUGCUGAGGUGCACCGCUUGAUGUGCAAUGUGGAACUGCUGCCAGGUGUGAAAGAGUUGCUGCUACAUCUGUUCGAGCAUCGGGUGGACAUGGCUGUGGCAACAUCGGCUAGCCGCAAAACAUUUAACCUGAAGGCGCGAAAUCAUUGCGACCUUUUGGCCGCAUUUCGUCACUUUGUCUGCGGCGAUGAUCCGGAACUGAAGCGUGGCAAGCCUGAGCCCGAUAUAUUUUUAUUGGCUGCAUCGCGCUUCAAGCCAGCUCCUCGACCCGAAUGCUGUCUGGUGUUUGAGGAUUCGCCACUUGGCAUGCGGGGUGGUAUUGCAGCGGGCAUGCAGGUGGUGAUGAUACCAGAUGACAUUGUUCCGCCGGAACUGACCAAGGAGGCUACCUUAGUUCUGCGCUCCAUGGCUGAAUUUGAGCCGGAACUAUUUGGUUUGCCGCCCUAUGACAAUGUCUCGAAAUUUACAUUUGGCUAGCAACAUUUGAAUUUUUUAAUUAUUCUUGCCCAAAAUUAUCAGUGAUCAAAAGGUUUUUUCUAGAAAUUUAUUUAAUUUUUUUAUUA